GCGGUUUACGGAAAAUUUGGUUUUCUGUGGCUACUAAAUUUAGGAGAAAACCUGAAAUUAUGGGUCGUUCGAGGAGUCGGUCGCGUAGCACCAAGCGCAAAACCAAGAAACGGACCCCAUCACGCUCAAGCUCAUCGGAGAGCAGCUCCGGUAACAGUGACAGCGAUCGAAGCAGCAGAAGCCGUUCCACCGAUCGCAACUCCAAGCAUCAGCAGCAUCAACAACAGCCAAGGCGCGAUAGGGAACGGCAGGCAUCGCCGGCACCACCGGUAAAACGCAGACGUUCAGCCAGUCGAGAACCAAGGCGAGAAGAUACUCAAGCACAGCGCAGCGGAAGAGAACGCCAUUCGAGAAGCAAACGUUCGGUAUCUCCGGAUCAACGUAGGCGUUCCCCGUGGCGACGGCCAGACCAGCCGCGUAGUCCCGGACGGGAGCGACGGGACCACUACCGAGAGCAGCACAGAGAAGAACCGACAUCGCGGCACCGCCGUGAAGAGCGGCACCCGCGGGAUCGACAAGAGGACGACCAGCGAAACCGACAUCGGAACGACGACGAUUGGCAGAAUGGUGGCGGUCGGGAUCAGCGCGGAGAAAACAGCAGGCGACGACAACGAUCGCGGAGUGUGGAUGAAAAACGGGAACAUUCCAGAGACCGUUCAAGACAUCCAAAUGACCGAUACCGGGAGCAACGGUACCGGGAGGAGUCGGCUGAGCAGUCGAAUGACUAUCAACGCGGGCAACCGAACCGUUGGAAGCACGAUAUGUACGAUGAGCAGGGUGGACCACAUCAUGCAGAUAGGAGCUACCGCCGAUCGAACCGGGACACGAUGAAUGAAGACUUUAUGCGGUCCCGGCGGUUACAGCGUGAAAUCAUCGGUACGGAGGGCGUUCCGGAAGCAUGGGGCUCUUCCCCGUCUCCCAUCAACACGUCGGAUGAUGAGGAGAAAGCUACCUCGAAGCACAAAAAAUCGAAGGCAAAGUCGAAGAAAAAGUCCAGCAAAUCGAAAAAGGAUAAAAAGAAGAAAAAAUCCUCGAAAAAGUCCAAAAAGUCCAAGAGCUCGCAGAAGAAGAAGAAGAAGCGAAAGAGUAAGAAGGUGGCCGCAUCAUCAUCGUCCUCCUCGGCCUCCUCCUCCUCAUCGGAGUCCUCUUCUUCCUCGUCCGGUGAUGAGGAGGAAGUGUGGAUCGAGAAAUCGGAAGCCCUGGAGAAGGAGGCCGCCAAGAAGAAGGCAUCCAGGGGCACUGCUGGAGGAGGGCUAUCGCUUAAAGAGACGGCAAGAGGCGAAGAGGGCGACGGGGACGGUGUGGUGGGGCCGGUGAAAUCCAGCGGCAAUCUCAACCAGAAAGACUUUGGCCGUGCCCUGCUGCCCGGUGAAGGUGCGGCCAUGGCUGCGUACGUGACGGAGGGCAAACGUAUUCCGCGUCGUGGAGAGAUCGGUCUGACCUCGGACGAGAUCGCCAACUUCGAGGAGGUUGGCUACGUGAUGAGCGGUAGUCGCCAUCGCCGCAUGGAGGCGGUCCGUAUUCGUAAGGAAAAUCAGAUCUAUUCGGCCGACGAGAAGCGGGCACUGGCCAUGUUCAGCAAAGAGGAACGGCAGAAGCGCGAAAACAAGAUCCUGACACAGUUCAAGGAAAUGAUCAGUGCAAAAUUGUCGGAGAACAAAAAAUAGACGCCCGAACCAAACCGUCUCACCAUGCUCUUAACCUCCGAUGGAUUAUUGUAGAUUGAAUUUUACAAAAAAUAAAGAACUGGUAUUAAUUCCUACGCAA